UCCCCAUCACCACCCCUUCACUCUCCCAGGCCUUUUAUAUUGCAUCUCCCAUCCCCUGUCCGUCCCCACAACACUUCUCUUCUCGGUCUUCCAUCAUGUACUACGAGACCAUACUGACUGUCCCCCAAGCGGACGCUCUCUUCACUCCACCUUCAUCCUACUCUCCUCAAAAAACCCUCGCCCGGUUGGACCUUCGGUUGGACACCCACUCUGACGACACUCUAGACCCUGAUAUUUUCAACAUGAUUGGCAGUGGAUCACCCCAGCCAUACAUCAAGGAAGAAGUCGACGACAUGCAGUUCAAUUCCGGCCGUUUCGGGAACCAGCACGCCUUCGACAUGAACCAACAAUUCGCCAACCCCCAGUACAGCUCAGCACACGAAGGCGGGAGUGCCAUCGACCCAUCAAACCUCACCAUGAGCGGGAGCAUGAACAUCAACAGCCAGUUCGGGUCCACCAGCUAUGUGCACGGUGCUGCAAAUAUCGCAGACGAUGAACUCGCUGACUCGCUGGCAUUCAACGGGUAUGGUCAAGAAAACUUGAACAGCCAGGCCGAUUUCUUCCACUCCAACUCCAACGCUGCAAACAUGGGUCAGAUCUACUCCAACACUCCCGAUGAUCUGCCCAUUCAAAGCCCUUUCGUGCACCCUGGAGGCUUCGACUUCAACCAGUACACGAACACGCCUUCAAGAAUGGGCUUCCCAAACAGCAUGCAAGCCAACUCAAUGAGGCAACGCAUGGCCAUGAGCAGGACUGGCUCUGACAGCCGUACACCCAUGUCCCCAAAGACCCCAGCCAUGGCAGCCCUCAACCUUGGUACCCCUGAUUCGGGCAACUUCGCCUCUCAGCCCAUCAUGACCAACAUGCAUCGCCACCAAAAGAGCAUGUCUGGACAGUGGGAAGGUACCCCCGGCAGCGCCCACUCUUGGAUUGAUUCUCCCACCCAGUCACCCCAUGCUGCAUCCCUGCACCACCAGCAGAUCAGCGAAGUCAUGCACGGCAAGCACGCCUCCCUGCCCACCAAGGUCGACAUUGGCCAGACUCAGGAUGCUAAGAAGCGCCGCCGCCGGGAGUCUCACAACCUGGUUGAACGUCGUCGCCGGGACAACAUCAAUGAGCGCAUCCACGACCUGUCUCGCCUAGUGCCUCAGCACCGUCUCGAAGAUGAGAAGAUCCGCAAACAUAUCAACAACAAUGGCCCACUCUCACCCACGAUGGGCGCCACUGGUAUGUCACCGCCACAAGCGACCUCAUUGCUCGCUGGGGGUAGCGGCCGACGGGCUGCUGGCAACAUCACACAAGGCCUCCCUAUGGAAGACAAGGACAAGGGCCCCAACAAGGGAGACAUUCUCAACGGAGCCGUCAGCUGGACUCGUGACCUCAUGUGGAUGCUGUACAAGAAGAUGGAGGAGACCGAGGAGCUUGCCGCCCGUCUUCGACAGGCGACUGGCGAAGAAUGGCCCGAGUUGAGCGAGGACGAGAAGCGCAUGAAGACAGAAAUUAUGGAGGCUGUCGAGAGAAACGGCGCCGGUACCUUCAGGUACUCUCGCGGACCUGGUUCUGGUCUCCGCGUUCCCAAGCACACCAACCUCUCCGGCGAGCCCCUGUCUGGACUGUCGCCUCAAAGUCUCAGUCCUGGCAUGCAAAGCACCGGCAGCGGCUCCGGCUCCAACCAGCAACAGUACUGGUCCAAUCAGGCUCUCAAAGAAGAAGACGAGUUUGGUAUGGACAUGGGCUGA